CUAAAUAUGGUGCCCUCUGGAAGAAAACAUACCGGGAAAUCUGGGAGGACAUCAAUGGAGGAUCAGGUUAUAAGAGCCUAUGACUUUGAGAAAGAAGAUAAAAAAGAUCUGAGUUUUUCAGAGGAGGACGUUACUGAAGAGAAAUCUCCAGUAAUUGAUAAGCAUGCGAAGAAAAGGACUUCAGGAGUAGAAGAUGUGGGGGGCGAAGUACAGAAUAUGCUGCAAAGAUUUGGAGCUGACAUUAACAAGGCUCUUUUUGCCAAGAGAAAAAGACUAGAAAUGUAUACCAAAGCUUCUAUCAAAACCAGCAGCCAGAAAAUUGAACAUGUUUGGAAAACCCAACAAGAGCAAAGGCAGCAGCUUAACCAAGAAUAUUCUCAGCAGUUUCUGACUUUGUUUCAGCAGUGGGAGACAGAUGUGCAGAAAGCUGAGGAACAAGAAGAAAAACUAGCUAAUUUAUUUCGACAGCAACAAAAGAUUUUUCAACAAUCUAGACUUGUCCAGAGCCAGAGACUGAAAACAAUUAGACAGUUAUAUGAGCAGUACACAAAGAGUAUGGAAGACUUGGAGAAGAAUCAUGAUAAUCUACUUUCUGGUGCAGAAAAUGAUCUUAGAAAAGAAAUGGCUAUGUUGCAAAAAAAAAUUAUGAUGGAAACUCAACAGCAAGAGAUGGCAAGUGUUCGAAAGUCUCUUCAAUCCAUGUUAUUCUGA